UAUGAGGAAAGGUGCUUUAACCAAUGACUCCACCAUAUGACAUUUAUCCACAGCAUCACAAUGAAUAUUGUGAAGGUAGGUUACUGCUUGAUAGAUUUAGAAGUUUACACUUUGCAUACAUCUUCUGGAUGUCCUUUUGCUGCACAGGCCUAGCCUGCUAUAGCCAAGUGUAUGUGGGUGUUCUGCAGUACAGACAUUUUCAAUUCCUUGCUACCGAUUAUAGUUCUAAACAACAGCGUACUGUACACCAGCAGCCACCCGAUGCAUUAGUUCAAUAUACGUUGCUACAGGCUACGAUAAAGGCGACGAGUAAACUACUUGUGGCGGAAAACACAAGCCGGAAUGUCAACAUCAGCGGUCACAUGACAAGUGCCUUCUCAAACCACGUGACCCUCGCCGGCUUCAUAUGUCAUGAGGUAGGCUAUACGCAAAUGCCAUUCAAGUAGAAACCGGGGGAUUGGUGUAGAUACAGGUAAGGAGGCGAGAUGAACCCAAUUUCAAAGUACCCGUGUAAUCCCUGACAAAUUCGAAACCAUAACAGACAUCGGUCGGUGGGGCGAGGCCGGCACCGAGCAUGGCAGAGGAAGCUGGCGAGGCGGGGCAGGUUCCCGACGGCGACCGCAUCUGCCCACUGCACACCCCCCUCACCCUGGAGGAGUGGGAGCACGAUGAGGAGCCCUUGAGUGCCCAAGUGCGUCGCCGUGCCAAGAAGCUAUGUACUUGCAGCCAUGCCCGCGCCAAGGCCCUCCUUCUGGACUCUGUCCCCAUCCUCAGAUGGUUGCCACGGUACCGCCUGAGGGAGUGGCUGCUAGGAGACGUGAUGUCGGGGGUGAUCGUGGGCAUUUUGCUGGUACCCCAGUCCAUCGCCUACUCGCUGCUGGCUGGGCAGGACCCCAUCUACGGGCUCUACACCUCCUUCUUCUCCAGCAUCAUCUACGCCCUGCUGGGCAGCUCGCGCCACAUCUCCGUGGGCAUUUUCGGGGUGCUGUGCCUGCUGGUGGGGCAGGUUGUGGAUCGGGAGCUGGCGCUGGCGGGGUACCCCUCCGAGAACAGUGCCAACCUGACCGCUGAUGUUACUGGAGCAGCGGUGGAGAACGGCACCAUGGGACUGGUGUGCGACCGCAGCUGCUAUGCCAUCCUGGUGGGGGCAACGGUCACCUUCACCGCAGGGAUCUACCAGGUGCUGAUGGGCCUGCUGCAGGUGGGCUUCGUCUCCGUCUUCCUGUCCGACUCCCUGCUGAGCGGCUUUGCCACCGGAGCCUCCCUCACCAUCCUCACCUCCCAGCUGAAGUAUCUCCUGGGUCUCAAACUCCCCCGUGCUCAAGGCUGGGGCUCCCUCAUGAAGACCUGGGCGAGCCUGCUCAGCAACCUGGGCAGCACCAACCUCUGCGACCUGCUGACCAGCCUGCUGUGCAUCCUGGUGCUCGUGCCCGCCAAGGAGCUCAACGACCGCUUCAAGGCCAAGCUGCCGGCGCCGAUCCCGUUCGAGCUGUUCGUGGUGAUCGCCGCCACCCUGGCUUCUCACUUCGGCGGUUUCCGUGAGCUCUACGGCUCAGAGGUGGCGGGCGCCAUCCCCACGGGCUUCCUGCCGCCGCAGCUGCCUGCCUGGCACCUCAUCCCCAACGUUGCGGUGGACGCCUUCUCCAUCGCGCUGGUCGGCUUCGCCAUCACCGUCUCGCUGUCCGAGAUGUUCGCCAAGAAGCACGGCUACGCAGUGGACGCCAACCAGGAGAUGUUCGCCAUCGGCUUCUGCAACAUCCUGCCCUCCUUCUUCCGCUGUUUCACCACCAGCGCCGCGCUGACCAAGACCCUGGUGAAGGAGUCGACGGGCUGCCAGACCCAGCUCUCGGCGCUGGUCACGGCGCUGGUCCUGCUGCUGGUCCUGCUGCUCAUCGCCCCUCUCUUCUACUCCCUGCAGAAGUGUGUGCUGGCCGUCAUUAUCGUGGUGAACCUCCGGGGGGCGCUAAGGAAGUUCACUGACGUCCCGCGCAUGUGGCGAGCCAACCACGUGGACGCUUCCAUCUGGCUCAUCACCAUGGCGACCUCGGCCCUAGUCAACACCGAGCUGGGCUUGCUGGUGGGGGUUCUGGUGUCGGCCUUCUGCGUUCUGGGUCGUACCCAGCGAGCCGGUGCCGUGCAGCUGGGCCGUUCCGGAGAGGCGGAUCUCUACGAGGACAUGGGCUGGUACCGGGGCCUGCGCGCGCAGCCGGGGGUGGCCGUGUUCCGCUACGAGGCGCCCAUCUACUACGCCAACCAGGUGCUCUUCAAGCGCGCGCUGUACCACGCCGUGGGCUUGGACCCGGUCCACGAGAAGGCCCGGCGCCGCAGGCAGGAGAAGCGCCGGAUGAAGCUGGAAGAGGGGGCGUUGGCAGCGGCGGGGGCACAGCGGGGGUCUGGGGACGAGAGGGGUGCUCCCGUCUCGGGGGGUGGCACGUGCCCGCCCGAGUCCCAGGAGGUGGGGGUGUGCAGCGGAGAGGCCAUCCUACCGCAACGCGCCAACUUCCACAGCCUGGUGCUGGACUGCAGCCCCGUGCUGUUCUUGGACUCCGCCGGCGUGGGCGCGCUCCAGGAGGUGCGGAAGGACUACGCGGAGGUGGGCGUUCGUCUGCUGCUCACGCGGUGCCGUCCGUCCGUCACCGAGUCGCUACAGAGGGCCGGGUACUUGGAGGAUAAGGGCGGGCACAGCGAGGUUGUGUUUCUCACCAUCGCCGACGCAGUGCUGUACGCACAAAGCCUGUCCUCUCAGAAUGGAGGCUGUGAAAACAGCUGUUGAAUCUUAACUUUUAAGAGAUACGUGUGUGUGUGUGUGUGUGAGUGUACGUUCAUGUGUUUGGUGCCUUCAAUCACACAAGUGCCUUAAAAUGAAGGCUGGAAAGUUUCAAACUUGCCAGAGACCAAGACCUGCCUCAAUAUUCAAAUGUAUUAAGUACAUUUAUUUAUCUCCUCAAUAUAAUGCCAAGGCUUUAUAGACAAAUUACUCUCUUUAGCUCUAUAGCUGUUUAGCAUAGGUGUCAUAGUUGUGUAAACUCUAGUUCAGUUUAACUGAAGUUAUCCAAGGCCUGCCUUUUCAGGAGAGAGGUAUAGUAGCACUAAACUCCUCCUUUUUUUUUUACUUCUAUAUUUAUGACUAAAAAUGUUUUUGUCUCAGAUUUUCCCAAAGUAGCGGAAAAGAAACUGUGUUAUUUGUAAGCAAAAUCUAGCAAAGUCAGUGAUCCUUACUGAUCCUUACUUGUAUUAGUGUUUACCCUAAACAGAGCAUGACAAUCUUUUACACUGUAGAUUGCUACAGAAGGACUAAUGUUACUGAUCACACCUCGUCACCAAAACUAAGGGCGGUGUGCCGCCAGAGCAGCUCAGGGUGGUGUGGCUGGGUGAAAGGGUGGUGUGUAGCUCUGGGUGAAAGGAUGGGGUGUGGCUACACUCUUUCACCCAGAUAGCCUUGCAAGACUGAAUGUUUACCGAAGCCAUAACGAUACUCCGCGCUGGAGUCUUCAGAGCACCAGGAUGCCAGGUCAUCCUGACUGUGCGCGAACAUGACAAUCUCUCAGCACCUCCCUUUAGAGUGGGGGAGGACUGUAGAAUAUGUGCAUAGUCACUCUGAAUGUUAUACGAUAUUGAAGAUCUGCCUGAAACCGUGUCUGGUUGCGGUAGGGAAAUGGGCCCUAACCACCUGAAGGUGAGAAGCAGCCACAAUGCCAGCACUCUGUCACCAUGGUAGCGUUCCCUAAACAUACAGACAAUGCCAGUGGGUUGGCAGGAAGUUGACAUCUCUGCAGCUAUUCUGAGUGCUUGAGUGCGCUCAACAUAUCUGCAAAAGUGUCACUCUCUUAAUGAUGAUCAUCUCACCACCUUUUACGAGGUGGGAGAACUCUGAGAAUAAACACAGUGUCACCUUGUGAAACACUGAUGGUAUCUCAACACCAGACAACAGAUGGGAGAACUCUUUUAUAUGUCUGUGUGUGUGUGUGUGUGUGUGUGUGUGUGUGUAUAAGUGCAAUGUGACGGAAUGUAAGAACCUCUCAGCAGCUCCUGUUGUGAGUGGCCAUCAGUCCUUUCCCCAACUGAACAGUACAGCUUUGUGUUUUCAGGUCAUGCAGUAGAAGCCUUCCCUCAAAUUGAGAGGGGGGAACGGAUGCCUGAACAGGUUUUUGAAAAUAUGAAAAAUAUGUCAUGAUCAUAAUGUUAUUGAUUCAGCUAAUGCUAGCAGUGUAAAGGUAGACCUAUCCCCAACUGUCCAAAUCAGAAGUGUCAUUAUUAGCUUAUGGCUCAUCGCUCAGGGACCUCAUUAUUUCUUUACAACACUCCAGUCACAGGAAGUUGCAGCUCACGCCUAGAGCUGAUGACCUUUCUGUUUGGGGUGUCUGCUUAUGUGCACUUAAACCCUCAGAUUGUGUGGACGCCUCACGUGUAACCUGAAGGAUAAAUAGUAGCAGGAGUAACCAGUUCUGCCACCAUUUUGUGCUAAAAGGUUUUUUGAAUGGGCUGUUUUUUAUUUAUGAAGUGCAGGGCAGUAAAGCACCUCAAGGUCCAUUUCCCCCGCAGGUUUCUAGCACGAAUCUCACUGCUGCUGAAAGCAGGAUUUCGGCUUUAUAAAUGGGCUGCUACUCCAGCUCAGCAACAACCCUAAAGGGUGAGAAUAUCACCCAGGUCUUUACAUUUGUGUCAGGGAGAGGGGAUGUCAUGCUGUUUAUACAAAAACAUGUUAUGCAAACGUUUUAAAAUGAUACUUUUAUCCUUUUUGUAUACUUUCCUAAAAUGCAAUUCAAAAGGUCAGUUCUCGUAGAGUUGCUCAGUACAUUGACUGGAAGGGUGUUGGAUUUUGUUACUGUUUUUGUAAUUUUUUGUUUAAUUAUAUUUUCAUACAUUGUCUUCAUAUGUAGAUGCAUUUUAAAAUCGGUACACAGGGAUGUGGAUAAUAUUGCGCAAUUAUGAAGACCUAUUAUAUUGUCUAGCUUUUUCUAUGUUUGUAAGUGAAAUACCCAAAAAUGUCAUGUCUUACAUUGAUUCUCUAUUUGAAAGCUAAAUAAAUGAUAAGCUUUAAAUGCC